UCACUCCUGAGACCUGACAGGGGUCGCACUCUCUUCAAUCACGCGCGCCACGGACCGCAGAGCCGCGAGCCAGUCAGCAAAGCGCUCUCUCAUUCCGCUCGGUCUUUUCCUCUCCGACCAGCUCACUCACCGUCACUCUCUCUCUCACACACACACACACACACACACACUCGCGCGCGCUCUGCUCAUUCUAAAACCGCAGGGACGUACACUUCAGCACUCUCUCUCUCGCGCGCUUGCUCUCGCUCAACCUUAUUUCUUUCCUCACUGGUGGCACGCGCAUCUGUCUCCGCUUCUGCACUGUUUCCUACAGGGUGAAAAAGAACGAUAGACUCAAUGAGAAAGAGUAAAUGAGAAAACAAGGAACUAAAACAAGGGUGAAACGAGGAUUGAAAAGAGGCUGAGGACAGAUGAAGGAAGAGAGUUUGUGAAGCGUUUUGGAUUUUACUGGUUUCCAGCUUCAAUCUAUCAUUUUGUCCGGAGGAAAAGGACUCAAUUAAGGUGAUGAAUUUAUUACCUGGGUGACUUGAGUCAAAUUUCCAGCGAGGGGAGUGGAAGAGCACUGGGCCCCUGACCUCCUCUCUACUGGAUUCACGCUCCAGCUUGUGAGCCUCGGAGCCCUGGAUCUCUUGUCUCUCGCCUUUUUCCUCUGGACCUUGACCUGGGAACAGCGCCAUAACAGUCCGCCCAAUGCUGAGGAGGAACUGCCUGCUGCUGUUCCUGUGCUUCCUCUUUGAGCAGAGCUCCUGCGCUCCCUUCCAAAGCAGGCCAGGGCAAGAGUGGUCCCACAGCCAGACGGGGCCAUCGGCGGCAGGAACGCAUGGAGGUUCCAGAGGAUUCCAGAGGGUCAAGAGGGGCUGGGUGUGGAACCAGUUCUUCGUGCUUGAGGAGUACAUGGGCUCGGACCCACAGUACGUUGGAAAGUUACACACUGACCUGGAUAAAGGGGAUAGCGGAGUGAAAUACACUCUCUCAGGCGAUGGGGCUGGAACCAUCUUUACCAUCGACCAGACCACCGGGGACAUUCACGCUUUACGCAGUCUGGAUCGGGAGGAGAAGCCUUACUACACGCUACGAGCGCAAGCGGUGGACAUCGACACCAACCGUCCACUGGAACCAGAGUCGGAGUUUGUCAUCAAGGUGCAGGACAUCAACGACAAUGAGCCAAAGUUCCUGGAAGGCCCCUACAUGGCUAGUGUGCCUGAGAUGUCACCUGUGGGUACGUACGUGAUGAAGGUGACGGCAACAGAUGCAGACGACCCUACAUACGGCAACAGUGCCCGGGUGGUGUACAGCAUACUGCACGGCCAGCCGUACUUCUCCGUCGACCCCAAAACUGGUGUGAUCAGGACAGCUCUACCCAACAUGGACCGGGAGGUGAAGGAGCUGUAUCAGGUUCUCAUCCAGGCCAAAGACAUGGGUGGGCAGUUAGGGGGUCUGGCAGGGACCACCACCAUCAACAUCACCCUAAGUGACGUCAACGACAACCCACCUAGGUUCUCCAAAAGCAUCUUCCAUCUGCGUGUACCGGAGUCAUCAGCAGUCGGGUCAGCGGUUGGCCGAAUCAAAGCUCAUGAUCUGGACAUAGGGAAAAACGCAGAGGUGGAAUACAACAUUGUUCCUGGAGAUGGAGGAGCCAUGUUUGACAUCACCACCAACGAGCACAAUCAGGAGGGAAUCAUCAUGCUCAAAAGGCCGCUGGACUAUGAGACCAAAAAGGCGUACACAUUUAAAGUGGAGGCCUCGAAUGCACACCUGGAUCAACGGUUCCACAGUUUUGGCCCGUUUAAAGACACCGCAACAGUAAAGAUAAACGUUCUGGAUGUGGAUGAGCCUCCCGUCUUCAGCAAACCCUCCUACACGAUGGACGUUUACGAGGACACGCCGCAAGCCACCAUUAUAGGAGCCGUGACUGCACAGGAUCUGGACGCAGGGAACAGUCCGGUCAGGUAUUCCAUUGACUGGAAGAGCGACCUGGACAGCUUCUUCGACAUCGAUCCCGUCAGAGGAACCAUCUCGACCAAUGAGCUUCUGGACAGGGAGAGUAUAGCGCAGCACAACAUUUCAGUUGUGGCCACUAAAGUUAAUAACCCAGUACUGACCAGCAGAGUGGCCGUCACAGUUCAUGUGCUGGACAUUAAUGAGUUUCCACCAGAGCUGGCCAUGCCUUACGAGACCUUCGUGUGUGAGAGCGCCAAAGCCGGGCAGGUGGUUCAGGUCAUCAGUGCAACUGACCAGGAUCUCCCUCAAGCCGGACAAAGAUUUUCCUUCAAAUCCCCUCAAGAGGGAGUAAAGACCAAAAACUUCACCAUCAGAGACUUUGGGAAUAACACUGCUGGGGUCGUGGCCCUGCGUAGUGGUUUCAAAAGGUGGUCUCAGGAGAUCUACCACCUUCCAGUGUUGAUUGAGGACGGUGGCCUUCAGACUUUGAGCAGUACCAGUACUCUCACCAUCCGUGUGUGUGGCUGUGACACCGAGGGAUCUUUAUUAACAUGCAGCGCUGAAGCCAUUUUCCUCCCUGUGGGACUCAGUACCGGAGCCUUGAUCGCUAUUCUGGUGUGCAUCGUCAUACUGCUGGUGAUCGUGGUCCUCUACGUUGGGGUUCGGCGGCAGAAGAAGAAAGAGACCCUCAUGACAUCCAAAGAGGACAUCCGUGACAACGUCAUACAUUACGACGACGAAGGAGGAGGCGAGGAGGACACGCACGCCUUCGACAUGGGCACCCUCCGCAACCCCAAAGUCAUCAAGGAAAAUCUGUUUCGCCGAGACGUUAAGCCAGAGUUGGGUUUGUGUCCACAGCGGCCAAUAGCCUCUCAGAACAGCGCUGACAUCAGCAACUUCAUCAGUCAGCGGCUGCAAGAGCACGACGGUGACACUUCCGCCCCGCCUUACGACUCGCUGGCCACAUACGCCUACGAGGGCGAGGGCUCGGUGGCCGAGAGUUUAAGCUCUAUAGAGUCCGUAAAGGGUGAAACGGAGGAGGACUACGAUUACCUCAACGAGUGGGGGCCUCGCUUCAAAACCCUCGCAGGGAUAUUCGGAGAACGAUCAGAGAGCCAAUCAGAUGUAACAUCCAGCACCGUCACUGAAAACAAACACUGAUGUUUUGUUUUUUCUCUUUUCACCCUAGAUGUGUGUUUAACUCGGACUUUUCUUUUUACAAGAGUCCAUUGUGUUAUUUUGUAGUGGUUCUUUUUGACCUUUUCGACUUUUUAGUUUGCCUUGAUUUCACACUCAAAACAAGAGAGGAUAAAGGAAGCCAGAAUAAAAUGCAGCCGCCGGGUUAUCUGUAAAUGAAUGUUGGAGGUUUUUUGGUCAUAUUUAUGAACUUUGCUUUUCACACACAAAAAAAAAAAGACAACAACAACAACAAAAAAAACAUAGAAGAUGCAAAUUUUUUCUGACAUCCUUAAAAAAGUGCCUCAAUGGAGUUGGUUUGUUAUUCUUUUUGUUAUGGUUUAGCUUUGUUUUGUCACCCUUCUUAAGGAUGAGUGGCGUCCCUAACCGAAGCUGACCCUAAUUCCAAGCUUCGUUGGAGGGAGUAUUGAGGAGGAAUUGUCUUCGCGGGCCUCGUUUGGCCAAAGAUGUUUGUUGAAUGUUAUUUAUGAUUCUAUUUAUUUAUUUGUGAGGCUGUUGAGACGGGUUGUAACGUUUUGUUAUGUAUUUAUCUAUUUAUCAUGAUUUCAAAUCGAAUAUGAAUUUCUUAUUUUUUUGAAGACACAAGGAUUUUCAUAAUUAUUUUCUCCUCACGAGGACAUGGACGUUGCAGUCCCAGAGGAGCUUGUAUAGACUUGUACUUGUUGUAAAAUAAAUCUACUUUAGGGCUAAACAUGAGCUAUUACAGUUGAGUCCUGUAAUAAACACAGUUUUCUUAAAUAAACACCACUUG